UUCGUCCUUUCAGAGUAAUCCAUCUAGGAGGCAGAACGGAACGAGGAACGGGUGGGCUGGUCGGGCUGGUGACAGGCUACACAGCAGCUGCAGCUGUUCGCCUGCGCCUGACUGCUAGAGUUGUGAGAACAAAGUACCCGCACCUGGUAGUCGCUCAAAACUUGCCGCAGCUGCAGCUGUGUAUACUGCAGCUGUGCAGCUGGCCUCUGAGUACCAUGUAGACUACCUUCUUAACUCUCCUCUUGCACACUGACGUAUUGUUGGUUAUAUACCAGUCAUGUCUCUCCGGACCUAUUUGUGCGAGACGGUUUCCUGUGCUGGAGAUUAGAGCAUGAAAGAAGAAGACUGAUCAAUGCCAAUGAGGAAAAGAAGGAAGGAUAAUGACUAAUUGCUUGCGGAUGACUUCAAGAAUUGCUGUGAAUUGAUAAAAGCUCUGUCAUAGCCACAGAAGAUUUAUGAAUGAAAGGGGUAAAUUGUUUUGAAGCAAGAAGAAAUCAGAGAGAUGCCUUAUGCCAAUAUAUUCGCUGCCAGUUUAGCUGAUGGAAAUGGAGGGAGAGCAGCAGAAACUUUGGCUGGAAGUGGGUCAAGUUUUAUGGAAAACAUUUCAAACACCCUAGUAUCUGGGAACCCAUCUGCCUCCAUGGGGGUUACACACUAUGAGAAAGCAAGCACAUCAGCUAACCCCUUUCUCUGUGCAAAAAAUGUAUCGUUUAUAUCAUCAGUGUUUGAUAUCUCAGUGUGUCCUCAAUGGUGCCCGGUGAAUCAUAUGUAUUUCCAGCUAGCCAACACAUUCUUCUUCCUUUCUUACCUCGCUCCGAGCGGCCUGUAUGGUCUGGUAUACCUGAGGUGCACUCAUCUGAUUGGGUGUGCCCUGUUUGCUCUCUGGGGCUGGUCAGUGAUCUGCUCAUUUGAUGCUUUCCUAUGGAAUGCAAACUUUGUUGUCAUCAACUUCAUUCAUGUGUGUGUACUGCUCUACCGCCUGAGACCCAUUAAGUUCUCUAAGGAAGUGGAAGAGGUGUAUGCUGCUCUCUUUCAGCCCCUGAAAGUUUCAAGGCACCAGUUCAAGAAGGUACUGGACUGCAUGAAGAUGAUUAGACCACUUAAGUACCAGGAGGUGUAUGCCCAAGAGAAGGUCACCAAAGUGGACUCUCUUUCCCUGGUCCUCUCUGGCAAGUUGGUUGUGUCUCAAAACUUUCGUGCUCUGCACAUUGUGUUCCCACACCAAUUCCUUGACUCCCCUGAGUGGUUUGGAGUGUCCACAGACGAGUUCUUCCAGGUGUCAGUGACGGCCAUGGAAGAAUCCCGUGUCUUGCUGUGGCAUCGAGAUAAACUCAAAUUGACUAUAAUCACUGAUUCCUUCCUUCAGGCUGUCUUCGACCACAUUCUGGGAAGAGAUGUUGUCAAGAAACUCAUGCAGAUUCCUGUAGUUGACACCUCAGAUGAGGACAGUGCUGUUUUGUUGGUGAACGAGACUAUGGCUGCAAGUGUGAACGGCCACUUACCCAAUAGCCUAGAAGAUGCGGGUGAGAGUGAAGAAAAACCCAUGCUCAUUGUCAAGAAAUCUGGUGACGGUCCAGGAAUAACUGCCCUCAUCAACAGGCAGUUGCAAGGCAUCCCUAGGAUUAGGUACUAUUACUGUGCUGCAGACCCAAAUGCGUGGCGAUUAGGAAGAAUAGAAGAAACUGACCAUGAAACUCCAGUGUAGUGUUUCCUAAGGACCACACAUGGACCAACCAAGCAAUACGACUAUAAGCCUGCUGUUUUGCUGUCUGUUUCAACUCAGAGUAUCCUGGAGAAAGAGAACCUUGUUUUGCUUGGGGUGAGCUACCAGUAACUGUUCAUUACAAUUUUUGUAAUUUAAUGACAACAUUUUUGAAUUCUCUAUUUAUUUCAGUGCUGUUGUUAUUGAUUCUGCAUUACUAUGAGGGUGUGUGUUCUGUAAUCUGGCCCCCACAUCACAACCUACCCUUAACAUGUUGACUUUACCCAGUGAAACAGUUUCUCUACUAGUACAAUCUGAAUCUAGUCUUCCCUGCUAGCUUUAUAAUACUCAAUUGUAUAAAGCCAUUUUACUUUCAAAAAAGAUUGUGUUAUCUAAAUGAAUGUGCACAUUGCUUUGUUGUGAAUAAAGUAAAAGCCUUAUUCACCUUCCAUGCAACUGUAAAUGCUCACAUUUGUGUUAACAAUGCCUCUCUUACUUAUUUUUAUUUUUUAAUCAUCGUCUUUGUUUCAGUAUUAACCCAGAGAUUAACCCCUAGCAAGGCUGCUUCUGUAUGUGAUUAAUAUGAAAUAAUUGUGUGUAACUUACUGUCAAGUUAAGAUUGUUGAGUGUUGAGUAUUAUACAGUUAAACUAAACAAUAUUUUUUGUAUUUUACAUUAUGUGUUUGGAAGCUCACAGUCUGUGAUUUGCUGAGUGACCUUUGUACUUACUUGUUCAGAAAACUAAGUAAUUGUUAUGUGUCCCUAAAUUAUCACUUACUUCCUUUCUGUCGGACUAUGUUGUGUUUACUGCAGCUUAACUAGGCAGCUUCUAUCAUCUUGAGGCAUACAAAAAUAAAAAAAAAAAUGUGAUAAAGAAUUUUAGGUAUAACAAAUAUAAGUAAGUUUGGGAUCAAAAGGAACUAUAGCAGAAAAAUAUGUCAAGAGUGAAGAGAAGCAAAAGAAUGUUGCCCCUGUUCAGACCACACAAAGGAUACCUCUGGAGUUUCAGGCAAAACUAGACAACUUUCAAGUUUGAUACAGAGUUAAUAAAUAAUGAGGACUGCCUUCUCUGCUGCAAGUGUUGUGUUGCCACAAAAUGUAAUCAUGUGUUUCUUGACUGUUUUGUGCGGGCUCCAAAAUAGAAAGUUAAUACAACUGUCUGAUUGGCAUCAACAUGUUUCCUCGCAUGAAGUUAAGUAAAAUUCAAAAGUGAUGUGUGUUCUAGCAGGUUUGAAUGAUGAUUAGUUAUAUAGUUUUAAGAGUUGAAUGGUUUCCAUGAUAUGAAUGAACCAUAUUGAUGUUGCAUGUUGUCUAUAUAUUUUAGAAAAGAUUCUCAGAUAUACUCUUAAUAUUUUAUAAUUAAUGUUUUAACUUGAACUAGAAAAACUUUCUAAAAACUGUUUCAUUAUGAGAUUUAUUGUGUUAAUUUUACUGUGGAAAAAAUUUCUAGGCAAUCUUUCUGAUGUUAAAUAUUACAGCAACAUAAAAGUUACUUUCGGUGGUAGUAAGUUAAGUUUUAUUUUUUUACCAAUCUGCAUUUCUGCAAUUAUAGUGAACAUAUAUUUUGUUGUUGUGUACAGACUUAAUAAAGUAAAAGAAUAACUUUAUGGAAAAAAACUAUCAAUCUGUAUCAAUGCACUCUUCUUUUGUGCAUUAGUUGAGUUACAAACUAUCCAUUCUAAAGGGAAACAAAUGGAUUGGGAUUAGAUUUGUUGCAUUGUUGUUGCCCCUAAUUACGAGAAAAAUUAAGUCUUCAUUUGUGAAUCAAUUUUUGUGCUUCUCUUUGUUAAGAUUUUUUACUUUGAAGAAGGAACUGUCUUGUCCUUUUUUUGUAUAUUAUGCUCUUGCAAUUUUCAGUAAAGCAGAUUUGGAGAGAGGCUGUUCUGACAUGAGUAUUGAAUCCUCUGUAAAGAAAAUAAGUCAUAGAAAAAAUAGGCCCUAAUUAAGCAAAUUGUUGCAUUGUUUUUUUUUUUUCAAUGUGCUGAAAAAUUUGGAUUUUGCUGCCAAUAUAGGGCACAUGUGGUAACUAAGAAUAAAUGCUUACUUUUUAUCUGUCAAAUGUAUAAUCUCUUAAUUCUUUAGUAACUAAAAGCUUGUUUACUAGCAACUUCUUUGAGGACCUGUAUGAGUCAUGACAAUCAACAUGAGUAUUUAGAUUACCACAAGCUACCUUACAUGCAACUCACAGUAAACAAAAAUAGUAGCAUAAAAUUAACUGGGGAAAAUAUUAUUAACCAGUGAAGAUAAGACACAAGGAGAGAUUGCGUACUGUUAUCUUAAAACUUACCGUUCUAGAUUCUAUUCAAAAAUGUGAUGUGGCAAAUAUAGACAUAAAGAAAAAUGAUAUUGUAUUAAAAGUAAAUUUUUAAUGAGAAUGUGGAGGUAUUCUGGUAUAUUUGUUUUCAAAUUAAGUUUUUUGUGGUUUGAAUGGUUAUUUGUUUUAUACAAAAUAAAAAAAACAACAACUUA